AUGCUCACCGAAGCCAACUUUAACUUAAAUGUAAGGUCUGUUGAAAUCAAUUGCAUUGGCCCAGACGUCUUGGGUUCGCGAUGGCCCCUCCUGGCGCCCAUUACACUCGUUGUGUUUUUCAAUUUCAUCGUUCUCGUUACUGUUGGUGCUGUUAUCCUACGUAGCUACCUUGCCACCCGUCACACCAGAUUCACCAAAUCAACGAACUUGCUUGUGCUGAUCCAAUUGAUGCUCACACUGGGAAUGCCCUACAUGUUAAUUUACGUCCAGAUCAUCAGUCCAGUCAUUAUGAUUCUCAUUCUGCCGGUGGGAAUCGCAGUCACAGCGCUUUUUAUGUUCCUUCUUGUUGCCGUCAUAGACGAUGUAAGUUAA